UUUAAAAUACAUCACAGCUGCAAUAGUAUCUAAGUAUAAAGUAACCAAUUAGUGGUUACAGGUAUCUAGUUUUUAAAGAAAAAGUGAAUGUUCGAUGAUAAUGAAGAUCAUCGUAGAACUAGCCCUUGUAGGGGCAAUCGCCUCAGUCUUCAUCGUAGCAGCACAGGGCAGCGCUCAAGAGAGGGCCGCUGAGGAAGCUGCAGGGAGGCUGUAUAUGAGGACCCUGGAUGAACUCACCUCGAGGGCGAAGAACCGGAAAACAAUAGCCGCGUGGGACUACCAAUCGAAUAUCACUGAUUAUAAUCAGGAGAGACAGUUAAAAGUAGCACUUGAAGUGGCAGAUCAAGAGAAAGAAGCAUGGAAGGAAACCAUGACGUACCUCUGGCACGAGUUCGAAGAUCCAGACCUCAAGAGAAUGUUCCAGAAGUACUCCAAACUGGGAACCUCUGCCCUCCCAGAGGACCUGAAUCAGAGGCUGAUAAGUGCCGUCAACAACAUGCAGGCGACGUACGCUAAAGCGACGAUUUGCGAUUACAAGGAUCGUGCCAAGUGUGACUUGCAUGUUGAACCAGAAAUAACAGAGAUUUUUGCUACAAGUAGUGAUGCUGAGGAACUGAAACACACGUGGUUGGAGUGGCACAAGGCAGCCGGAGCGGCCUCCAAAGCGGACUUCAUCGAGUAUGUCAAUAUGAACAAUGAGGCUGCUAAAUUAAAUGGGUACGACAGUGUAGCGGAAUGGUGGCUAAGCGAAUACGAGGAGGCAGACAGUGAGAAGCAGUUCGCUGCGCUGUGGGACCAGAUCAAACCGCUGUACCAGCAGAUACACGCGUAUGUCAGGAGACACUUGAGGCUCAGAUACGGAGACCAGGUCGUGUCCGCCAAGGGGCCUAUACCUGCGCAUUUGCUAGGUAACAUUUGGGCACAAUCAUGGAAUAACGUGGAAAAGUUCACGAGACCAUAUCCCGAGAAACCAGACGUAGAUGUUACAGCAGCUCUGAUUAGUCAGAACUACACAGCUUUGAAGAUUUUCAAGACAGCAGAAGAAUUCUUCAUAUCACUCAAUUUGAGCGGCAUGCCAGACCUGUUUUGGGAGAGAUCUAUUCUUGAGAAACCGCAGGAUGGACGUGAGAUGGUGUGCCAUGCUUCGGCGUGGGAUUUCUUCGAUGGAGAAGACUUUAGGAUAAAACAAUGUACAACGAUCAACAGUGCCUUCUUCAAAACAACUCAUCAUGAGAUGGGCCACAUCCAAUAUUAUCUGCAGUACAAAGAUCUUCCUGUAAUAUACAGGGCAGGCGCGAACCCAGGUUUUCAUGAAGCAGUUGGAGAUGUGAUUUCUCUGUCCGUGGAUACUCCCAAACAUUUGAGGGUCAUGGGCUUGCUCGAAGAUGGACCAGAUGAUCUUGAAUCUAAUAUCAAUCAAUUAUACAAAAUGGGUAUUGACAAGAUCGUUUUCCUACCAUUCGCCUAUCUACUGGACCUGUUCCGCUAUGGAGUGUUCCGUGGCACCACCAGUGAGGAAGACUACAACUGCCACUUCUGGCAACUGAGGGAGACGCUGCAAGGCGUGGAGCCACCGGCACCAAGGAGUGAGGAGGACUUCGAUCCUGCUGCGAAGUAUCACAUCACUGCUGAUGUUGAGUAUAUGAGAUACUACAUCUCCUACAUCAUCCAGUUCCAAUUCCACCGCUCCCUGUGCCAGCUAGCAGGGGAGUACAUGCCCGGCGAUACAGACAGAACGCUGUCCAACUGUGAUAUUUAUAACAGCACUGAGGCUGGAAAUGCAUUGGGAAAAAUGUUGCAAAUGGGCUCAUCAAAGUCUUGGCCAGACGCGAUGGAGGCAAUAACUGGACAGCGCAAGAUGGACGCAAGCGGAGUGCUAGAAUACUUCCAGCCUUUGUACGAAUGGCUGAAGAAUGAGAACGAGCGCACUGGUGAAUACAUUGGAUGGGAACCUACUACAGUUCAAUACUGCACACCUGAACAGAGAAACAAUAUGGAAAACUCAGAGUUUCGACAGAUAUUAAUGAAAUACUCCGGAAAUUGAAUGACUAAAGUUUGGAAAUAAAAAUAAAUUGUAUUGGUUGU